AUGAUCGGAAAACCAGCCAACUCGAUCUCAGACGACAAUGCACCGCAGUUGGGAUACCCUCAGACCAAACUUAACAAGAUCCGGGUGUAUAAACAAAGAGCGCACUACGACUAUCAGACCGUCCACUCGAUAACCGACUCGACACUCGUGUCUCAAGUAUCAUUUAUAGCCAGAGACGAAGAUGGCGAGGCCAUACCUAUGGCUAUGCCUCUGACUGCAGUGCUUGGGCGGUACGGCGACGCAGAGGCAGAGGUCAGUGACGGCGAACUGGAACGGCAGCAGAAGGAGAAUAUGACGAAUGGACCAAUGGAUUUGUACCUGCACGGCAACGUGGCGGCCUUGCUGUACAAAGCGAUCCGGGAGAGUGAGUCGGGGCACAUCAGGGUGUGCAUCUCUUCGACGAAAGUCGACGGCCUCGCGCUCUUCCCAACCCCCAAUGGACACAGCUUGAACUACCGAUCCGCAACGAUCCACGGCACAGCCUCCAUCGUGCCGGACACAGACGUGCGCAAAAAGCGCUUCGCCAUGCGCCUUCUGACGAACCACAUGUACCAUGGGCGCUGGGAGACCACUUACCCGGUGCUCCACUCGGCAGUGGACAUUGUCAAGGUGAUUGAGGUCAAAGUGCUCAGUGCGAGCGCCAAGAUCCGCGCCGCGAAUAUUGGGCCGUUUGAUCCGGCGACGGUAGAAGAGGAGGAAAAGCAGAGGAGAGAAGAGCAAGGGACAGGAGUCUGGUCAGGGGUCGUGCCUCUGUAUGAAGUGCUGGGACAGCCGGCCGCCAGCAAUGUGGAAGGACCCGGGGGAGAGCCAAGGGGAUUGAAGGCGGUGGAAGAGUGGAGGCAGGAACGAAACCGGAGGGAGAAGGAAUACGCAGAGCGCGUGGCACGUUAA